AUGAAUCAAGACUUUGAUCUCGAAUCUCUGGACUUUAGACCAGUUCAAUCGAAUCCUAAACUUCGAAUGAAAUCUAUUAUUCUUACUGCAAUCAUUUUGCCACUCUCUGCCAUUUUCAUGCUGCUCGGAUCUUUCACAAUGUAUGACUGUUCCCUGGAGCCACGACUUCCAAUCUGGAUGAUACUUCUCGGGUCAUUCCUGGCUAUUGACAGAGGAUUGACAUGGAUUUUCGAGUUAAAUAUGUAUUGUUUCCAACGGAACAACACAAGACCCGACGAAGAGAUCAAAGUUUUGAGAGAAUGGGAAUUCAAGAAAGCGGGUCUGCAGUUGAGAAUCUCCAACUACGUCCCAUUAACUUUCUGUGGUUUACUAUUUUUGUAA